AAAUUGAAAUGGGAGAUGCUUCGCUCCCUCCUCCUCCCCCUCCAGAUCGCUUCCUGUUCGGAUCGCCGUCGCUGGACGAAUCGUACAGGCCUCUCCCUUCGAUCUACCUCGCGUUUCUGGCGAUUUGGGCGGUCGCCGCCUUCACCUGGACCGUCAACACCUGGAGGAACAGGUUUUUCCAGACAAACCACCUACAGUGGAUGUUGGCUUCUGUCCCUGUUACAAAGUCUUUACAGCUGGGGUUUUCAUUUUCAUUUUGGUAUUCUUGCAUAAACCGUCAGAUAUGCUCAUUGUGGAUGUCUUUUGGGGUGUAUGUAACUGGAAUACUCUUUCAAACAGCCUCUUUCGUAUCAUUCAUGCUCAUCGCUCACGGUUAUUGUGUCAUAUAUGAGCGGCUUUCAGUACGUGAACGCCGUAAAACUGCUGCUUUGGGCUUCAUACUCUACCUCACCCUUGUUGGUUACAAGGCUGCUGUGCCCUAUUUUACAGUAUUCCUUCUGCUGAAUUAUUCCUUGUCGUUCUACAUGAUCUUCCAUCAUAUCUCUCAGAAUAUGGUAAUUCUGCGAGAACAACUGAGUUAUAUAGAGGAUGAAGAUACAAUGCACAAUGCGUUGCAUACAAAGUUCACAAUGUUCAAGAAAUUUCAAACUGCAAUGCAGUUUGUAGCAUUGGUAGAAGUUAUGAUUUAUUUGAAUGUUGACGAGACUUUGGAUAACUAUUGGUUCCGUUUGCUGGUACGGGAAUGGGCUCAGUUUUGCAUCUUCCUGUACAUUGGGUGGACUUUUAGGACGCAAGAAGUAUCGCCUCACUUCUCUGUGAUGCCUACCUCGAAGUCCAAAUGGGAGAUGAGAGUGCCCCCUGUAUAUAGCAUAGAAAUGGAUGCUUCUGAUUUCAACAAUUUGGUAUCUCAAGAAUGGCACGUCGGUGUGCCAACUUCGAGUCCUUAUUCCAACAAUCGAAAAUCCUUCAAUCCCUUGCUUGUUAUAGUGCAAAACCCACGCCCACCCAGCAAACACCCUGCGGCAGCAUUUCAAAGGUCAAACAUCAGGAGUUCUUUUUCAACAACUAAGUGUCAGCAUGUCGAGGCCCAAGUUUAGCGAAAGGCACAACAAAGCUUUUACUCAAUUGUCAAUAGUACAUUUCAUUGACCAUUGUUUAGGGAUGUACAUGAAUUUGGUUACGCAAAAUUAUUUUACGCAUACUAGCUUUUUGGACCCUUAAAUUUGGGGCCAUUCAUAGUCAUCACUGAGUACAUUGUAAACAGUGGUGUGAACACAUUAUGUAACAUGUUUCAUGUACAAACUAUUUUGUUUAGGGUAUAAAUAAGUGAAUAUU